AUGACCGAGCACCCCCGUAUUGACAUUGUCUUGUUCACUGGCGUGAUUUAUACUGUGGAGAAGGACCAGGCCAUCUGCGAGAAGGCGGCCCUAUCAAAUACCACAACCAGGGUAUCACCAGCAAACCCCUGCAAGCCACGUCGAUCCCUGCCACCAGCCACAAACGGUAUUCACCAUUCGACAUCGCAGCCUGCUAAUCUACUCCGUGCGGAGGCGACUAGCACCGACCAUGCUACGGAUGACGUCCCGAACAAGCGCCACACACCCUUCUACAAGUAG